UCGUCUUUCGUAAAAUCUCUAUCCGCCGCUGCACUCCUCUACAAACCCAUUUUCUUUCGCAAUUACUUUUGCACUUGCUCCCUUAUUUAUCCUGGGAAACACCAAAAUUGCUUCAAUUUGACCGCUAUUUUGGGGGUUUCCAAUUGGAAUUGGACUGACACACAGAAUCAAUGCAUUGAUAUGAAGUCUGAAGAUUAUUAUUCCGCCUCCAAUUUUUUCUGAGCAGAUUUUGAUUGUUUCCUUGCUCCGAAUUCAACGAGAAGAUGUCUCGCGCCUGCGAGCACUGCGGGAGGAGGACGCUAGUCCCCGACGAUGAGUCAGGUAAUAUGGUCUGCGCGUCGUGCGGAACAAUACAAGAAUUCGACAAUUUCCAGGCGCAUAUCGGCGGCAUUACCGGCGUCACCGGAACCUACGUCCGCCUCGGCACCGCCGGCACCGGCACCUUCCACAAUUACAAGGAAACUAAAAUCUAUCAUGCGCAAAACGUGAUUAAUGAUUUUAUGUUCAAGCUAGGGUUUUCAGUCCCCAAAUCGGAAGAGGUUAGGCUUUUGAUUGAGAAGGUCACUGACGGAGAAUACGGCCAAGGGGAAUGGUUUCCCGUUCUCGUUGGGGCCUGUUCUUAUAUAGUGAUGAGAAAGGAUCAGAAGAUGCUUCCCAUUGUUGAGGUGGCGGAUACAGUGGGUUGCGAUGUGUACGAAUUGGGGCGGAUGAUUGGCCGGGUGGUUGAUUUUGUUGAUAUGAAGCUGCCGGAGUUUGACAUCGUGAAUGCUUUUGAGCGUGCGAUGAAGACCAUCCCGAGUUUUGGUGGCGUUCAGGAGGAUUUGGUUGAGAGGAUGCUGCAGCAAGGGGUGUUUCUGGUGCAGUGUUUGAUCAAGUGGUUUGUCACAACGGGGAGAAGGCCGAUGCCUGUGGUGGCUGCGGUCUUGGUUUUUGUUGCGCAGUUGAAUCAAGUAGACAACGUGAAGAUCGAAGAUGUGGCAAUGGAGCUGCACGUGGUAACCUCCACGUGCAGGCGAAGGUAUAAGGAGCUUCUCGAGAGGCUUGUGGAGGUCGCGCAGGUGCUGCCAUGGGGGAAGGAUGUGACGGUGAAGAAUAUCCUGAGGAACGCCCCGUCUGUAAUGCAGUACAUGGAGAUGAAAUCGUGCAGUCGAGGAGGGGGAAAACAGAGCAUUGAGCAGAGCUUUGAUGUGGAAGGGCUUGUGGGAGACUGCUUGAUUAAAGAGAUUGGAUAUGGAUAUCAUAGCUACAAUAUGGAAGAAGGAGAAGACUGCAGCAGCUCCAAAUAUUUUGAGCUGCCUAGUUCGGCUAGUGAUUAUCCUGAUAAAUUUCAAAUCUCCCAUGAAUGCUUGACGCUGAUUUAUUCAAAUUGCUUGGAGGGUCUCUCUGCCAUUGAUGUAGUGAAUCCAAGGAAGAGGCGAGGAACGCUUGAUCUUCAACGGUAUUCGGAUUGGUGGAGUGGGAAAUCGGAGAUGAGCAAGAAGCUGAUUCUGAAGGAGGUGUUGGCGAAGGAUGUGGGGUUGGAUGCAAGGCCUCCGGCCUUCGAUAGAGCCUGCUUGUCUAGCGCGAAGAGGCGAGAAAAGAUCGAGGCCGCCAAGCUGCGUAUAUUGAGGAUUAUUCAUCCUAGAACUGAUGUUGCUGUAGUUGAGGCUGAGAAAUGCAAUGAUCUUGCUCUAGUCGAGCCGAGGAAGAAGACGAGGAAAAGGAAAAGGAAAUGUGGUGUGGAUAUGGAGUGGGAAGAUCUCAUCAUUGAAACUCUGCUCCUUCAUAACGUGAAGGAAGAGGAGAUAGAGAAAGGGCAUUACAAUGCUCUGUUAGACUUGCAUGUGUUUGCUCAUGAUAAUGAGUAAUUGGGAAUCCAUAAUUUAUGUGUAUCAGAAAAAUACAGAUGGAUACAACAAUUAGCAGUUUUGAAC